AUGUAUAAUAGUAGCAGACAUUUCUUUCUGCUAGAAUUCCAUGAGCCUCGCAUCCUUCAGAACCUCAUUUUCUCACUAAUCUUGCUAACUUACAUCAUGACAUUGAGUGGCAACUUUCUUAUCAUUGUGCUAAUUUGGAAGAGUCACAAUCUUCACACUCCUAUGUAUUUCUUUCUUGUAAACUUAUCUUUCUUAGAGAUCUGGUUUACCACCUCUAUUGCACCAAGGUUCCUCUCCAUCCUAGCCUUUGGAAGCAUUACUGUAUCCUUCUGGAGCUGUCUCACACAGUGUUACUUUUACUUCUUUUUAGGUUCUGUUGAGUUUUUUGUGCUAACAAUCAUGUCAUUUGACAGAUAUAUUGCUAUAUGUUAUCCUUUACAUUAUACAACUUUGAUGAACAGAGGCCUCUGCAUACAGCUUGCUCUCUGCUCUUGGGUUGGGGGUUUUCUGGAGACCGUUGUUCCAACUAUACUGGUAUCACAACUGCCCUUCUGUGGCUCUAACAGGAUUAAUCAUUUCUUUUGUGAUGUUGACCAACUGUUGAAGCUUGCAUGUGCAGACACCAAAUUUAUAGAGCUUCUUAACCUUUUAAUUUCUUCAGUUAUUAUAUUUGUGUCACUUAUCUGCAUCAUUGUCUCAUAUACAAAAAUUAUAACAACAAUUUCAAAGAUACCCUCAAGAGGUGGUCGUUGGAGAUCUUUCUCAACAUGUGUUUCCCAUCUUAUUCUUGUUUCUCUGUUUUAUGGAGCUUCACUAUGUAUGAGUUUAAAGUCCAUUAAAGGGACCACCAUGAAUUUUAACAAACUGGCCACUGUCCUGAAUACAAUUGUUACACCACUCCUGAACCCAUUUAUUUAUACACUGAGGAAUAAUCAAGUAAAAAAUGCUCUAAGGAGACUUAUGGGUGGGAAGAUUUCCAAUGCAUGA